AGAGCAUGUUGCUUAGUGGGUGGGCUCUACAAUCACUCUGCCAAUAAUCAGCAUGAGACAGAAAGCAUUAGAAAGGCAUAAAAGAGCGAGAAUCAGGGUUGCUGUCAGUGCGAGGUUUCGAAGACAGAAUCAACAUGAACUUCACUUUUUGUGUCCUAGUGUUAAUCUCUGGUUUAACUCUGGUCCAGAGUGUUGUUGAAACAGAAACGUCUGCUGGAACUCAGUCAUGCUGUCCUGACUCGUCUCUCUUCCACCAAGAGCUCAGUGCUGUGAAAGCAAAACUGGAAGCUGUAGAAACAAAACUGAAAGAGACCGAAAGCCAGGUUCUGGUGCUUAAAGAGAAAGAAGCAUUGAAGGUAGUUUUCAGUGCUGCGACAGGAGGGAAUGGAGCCAUUGGACCCUUCAGCCAACACCAAACGUUGGUCUUCAGAACCGUGAUAACAAAUAUAGGCAGUGCCUACAACCAGCACACUGGUGUCUUCGUUGCUCCCGUUCGAGGAAUAUACCACUUCGCCUUCUAUUAUCACGCCUCAGGAUUACAUCCUUCGUACGUCCACCUGAUGAAGAACAGCGAGAUUGUUGUGUUGAGCUCUGACCAGCAGACAGCGAAUGACGGGGCUGAUAAUGGAGGCAAUGCGGCUCUUCUGGAGCUGCAGCAGGGAGACCAGGUCUACCUCCAGCUAGUAGCCAACAACCACGUCUGGGGAAACAACUACCACACCACGUUCAGCGGCUUUCUGCUGCAUCAAGUCUGAAAAAUGACUGAAUACUGAUAUAAAUUACUUAAACUCUUUGAAUAAACAGAAAUCAAUUAACAUAGUUUUCUUUUUGAUUUGCUAAUCCAUUGAAAGUAUAUAUGUUUAAACUGAACAAAAUAUAAUCCUACAACAAAACUUACUCCCACAUUCCAUGAACAUCACUCGUGAGACUAGUGAAGUCUUUACUUCUCUUUACUUCUCUUUAACUUUAGGCUACUGAUGAGCCACAAAAUACAUUAAAUUAAAAAUGCAAAAAUUAGAAUGUUGUGAAAUUUUGUCUUGUGAAAUCUGUACAUCAUUAAAAUCCAAAAUAAAAGACUAAGAACUGUUGCCUUAUUGAAAGAAAAACAAACAAU